AUGGAUCAGAAAAUUUUAUCUCUAGCAGCAGAUAAAACAGCAGAAGAACUGCAGGAAUUUCUUCAAAACUUGAAAGAAGAUAAUCUGGUUAGUCUUCUUCGUAAUCAAGCAGUGAAAGGAAAAGCUGCUGGAGCACUCCUGAGAGGCAUCUUCAAAGGUUCUCCCUGCUCUGAGGAAGCUGGAGCCCUUAGGAGACAUAAGGUAUACACAUUUUGUAUCCAGUUGGUGGAAUCAGGGGAUUUGCAGAAAGAAGUAGCAUCUGAGAUCAUAGGAUUAUUGAUGCUGGAGGCUCAUAAUUUUCCAGGACCAUUAUUGGCUGAAUUAGCCAAUGAGUUUAUUAAUGCUAUCAGAGAGGGCAGCCUAGUGAAUGGAAAAUCUUUGGAGUUACUACCUGUUAUUCUCACUGCCCUUGGUACCAAAAAGGAAAAUCUGACUUAUGGAAAAGGUGAACUGAGUGGGGAAGAGUGUAGGAAGCAGUUGAUUAACACUCUCUGUUCUGGCAGAUGGGAUCAGCAGUAUGUGAUCCAACUCACUUCUAUGUUCAAGGAUGUCCCUCUGACAGCAGAAGAGGUGGAAUUUGUGAUGGAAAAAGUGUUGAAGAUGUUCUCCAAAUUGAAUCUUCAAGAAAUACCACCUUUGGUCUAUCAGCUCCUGGUUCUCUCCUCAAAGGGAAGCAGAAAAAGGGUUUUGGAAGGAAUCAUAGCCUUCUUCAAUGAGCUAGACAAGCAGCAAAAUGAAGAACAAAGUGGUGAUGAGCUGUUGGAUCUUAUUACCGUGCCAUCAGGUGAACUUCGUCAUGUGGAAGGCACCAUUAUUCUGCACAUUGUAUUUGCCAUCAAACUGGACCGAGACCUAGGCAGGGAACUCCUGAAACACUUAAAGACAGGACAGCAAGGAGAUCCCAAUAAGAACUUAUGUCCCUUCACCACUGCUCUCCUGCUCUCUGUAACAAGAAUACAAAGAUUUGAGGAACAGGUGUUUGACUUUUUAAAGACUUCAGUUGUGAAGAACUUUAAGGACCUUCAGCUCCUCCAAGGCUCAAAAUUUCUUCAGAAUCUAGUCCCUCCUAAAUCUUGUGUUUCGGCCAUGAUUCUUGAAGUGGUAAAGAAUAGUGUUCACAGUUGGGAUCAUGUUACUCAAGGCCUAGUAGAACUUGGUUUCAUUUUAAUGGAUUCAUAUGGGCCAAAGAAGACUCUUGAAGGAAAAGCUAUUGAAAUCAGCCCAGGUCUUUCUAGAAUGCCUGUCCACCAAGCAUGUAAGCUAGGAGCUAAUAUCCUGUUGGAAACUUUUAAGAUUCAUGAGAUGGUCAGACAAGAAAUUCUGGAGCAAGUCCUCAACAGGGUUGUUACCAAGACAUCUUCUCCCAUCAGUCAUUUCUUAGACCUGCUCUCAAGUAUCGUCAUGUAUGCACCUUUAGUUCUUCAAAGUUGUUCUUCUAAAAUCACAGAAACUUUUGACUAUUUGUCCUUUCUGCCCCUUCAAACUGUACAAGGACUGCUUAAGGCAGUGCAGCCCCUUCUCAAAGUCAGCAUGUCGAUGAGAGAUUCCCUUAUACUUGUCCUUCGGAAAGCUAUUUUUGCCAGCCAGCUUGAUGCCCGAAAAUCUGCAGUUGCUGGGUUUUUGCUGCUCCUGAAGAACUUCAAAGUCUUAGGCAGCUUGUCAUCCUCUCAGUGCAGUCAAUCUAUUGGUGUCAGUCAGGUCCACGUGGAUGUUCAUAGCCGUUAUAAUUCUGUUGCCAAUGAAACGUUUUGCCUUGAGAUCAUGGACAGUUUGAGGAGGUGCUUAAGCCAGCAGUCUGAUGUUCGAAUCAUGCUUUAUGAGGGGUUCUAUGAUGUCCUUCGAAGGAAUUCUCAGCUGGCCAAUUCAAUCAUGCAGACUCUGCUCUCACAGUUAAAACAGUUCUAUGAGCCAAAACUGGAUCUGCUGCCUCCUUUGAAAUUAGAAGCUUGUAUUGUGACCCGAGGUGAUCAAAUCUUUCUACAAGAGCCACUGGCUCAUCUGCUAUGUUGUGUUCAGCACUGUUUGGCCUGGUAUAAGAGUAAAGUGAUGCCCCUACAGCAGGAAGAAGAAGAAGAGGAAGAAGAGGGAUUCUACCAAGCCCUGGAUGAUAUGCUGGAAUCCAUCACUAAUAGAAUGAUUAAGAGUGAGCUGGAAGACUUCGAGCUGGAUAAAUCAUCAGAUUUUUCUGAGACUACUGAUACUGGCAUCAAAAAUAAUUUCUGUACUUUUCUUGUGAUGGGAAUUUGUGAGGUUUUAAUAGAAUAUAACUUUUCCAUAAGUAAUUUCAGUAAAAACAAGUUUGAGGAGGUUCUGAGCUUGUUUAUGUGUUACAAGAAACUCUCUGACAUCCUUAAAGAAAAAGCUAAUAAAGGCAAAACUAAACUGACCAACCGAACACAUGAUAGUCUUUUGUCUAUGAAAUUUGUGUCUGAUCUUCUCACCGCUCUUUUCAGGGAUGGUACCCAAAGCCACGAAGAAAGCCUGUCUGUUCUGAGGUCUAGCAAUGAGUUCAUGCGAUAUGCAGUAAGUGUGGCUUUGCAGAAGGUGCAGCAGCUAAAGGAAGCAGGGCAUGUGAGUGGCCCUGAUGGCCAGAACCCAGACAAGGUCUUUCAGAACCUCUGUGACAUAACACGGGUCUUGCUAUGGAGAUACACUUCAAUUCCUACUUCAGUGGAAGAGUCAGGGAAAAAAGAGAAAGGAAAGAGCAUCUCACUGCUGUGCUUGGAGGGUUUGCAGAAGAUACUGGAUGUUGUACAACAGUUCUAUCAGCCCAGAAUUCAGCAGUUUCUCAGGGCUCUGGAUAACGAUGUCACAGAUAACGUGGGAGAGGAGGCAGAAGUUAGUGUCACUCAAAGAGCCGCAUUCCAGAUCCGGCAGUUCCAGAGGUCCUUACUGAAUUUACUUAGCAGCCAAGAGGAAGACUUCAAUAGCAGAGAAGCCCUCCUUCUAGUCAGUGUUCUUUCCAAUUUGUCCAAGCUGCUGGAGCCCUCCUCCCCUCAGUUUUUGCAGAUGUUAUCCUGGACAUCUAAGAUGUGCAAGGAAAACAGCCUAGAGGAUGCCUCAUUUUGUAAGGGCUUAAUGAACUUGCUCUUCAGCCUCCAUGUUUUAUAUAAGAGUCCUGUCUCCCUGCUGCGUGACUUGUCCCAGGAUAUCCAUGGGCAGCUUGGAGACAUAGACCAGGAUGUGGAGGUGGAGAAAACAAACCACUUUGCCAUGGUGAAUUUGAGAACAGCUGCUCCCACUGUCUGUUUACUUGUUCUGAGUCAGGCUGAGAAGGUCCUAGAAGAAGUAGACUGGCUAAUCACCAGGCUUAAGGGACAAAUGAGCCAAGAAAUCGUAUCAGAAGAGGACUCUUCUCAGACAACCCCACCAAAUCAUCCCAUUGAGAAAGCCAUCAUCAUUCAACUGGGAACUCUGCUUACAUUUUUCCAUGAGCUGGUACAGACAGCCCUGCCAUCAGGCAGCUGUGUAGACACCUUGCUAAAGGACCUAUGCAAAAUGUACACCAUUCUUACAGCACUUGUCAAGUAUUAUCUCCAGGUGUGUUGGAGCUCCCACAGAAUUCCAAAAAAUAUGGAAAAGCUGGUGAAGCUGUCUGGUUCCCAUCUGACUCCCCUGUGUUAUUCUUUCAUUUCUUACGUUCAGAACAAGAAGAGUAAGAGCCUGAAAUCUGCAGGAGAGAAGAAAAAGAAGACUGCUGCUGUUGCCACAGCCAUGGCAAAAGUUCUUCGGGAAACCAAGCCAAUCCCUAACCUCAUCUUUGCUAUUGAACAGUAUGAAAAAUUUCUCAUCCACCUUUCUAAAAGGUCCAAGGUGAACCUGAUGCAGCACAUGAAGCUCAGCACCUCACGGGACUUCAAGAUUAAAGGAAACAUCCUGGACAUGGUUCUUCAAGAGGAGGAGGAGGAGGAGGAUGAAAAUGAAGAGGGCACUGCAUCAGAGCACAGGGGACAGAACAAAGAACCAGCCAAGAAGAAAAGGAAAAAAGAAAUGAAAUGCCUGAGUUAA